UACCUGCAAGAAAUGUUGAACUAAAAUUAUAACCGCAAAAAAGUGGUGGGUGCUGAGUUUAGCUAGCUAGUGUAAAAUGUCAAAGAGAGCGCUGUCGGACGAGGGGGGAUGUAGUCCUAAGACGAAACGAGCUGCCAAAGAGACGAAGCCUCUCGAUCCCAAGAAAUUUGGCGGCAAAACUGAGGAGGAAGUGUGUCAGAUGCUCCUUCCGGACCACCUGGCUCCAAGCCUGGACAUAAUAUUCAUGGGUAUCAAUCCCGGCCUCUACUCAGCGUACCUCGGGCAUCACUACUGCAACGCCAACAACCACUUCUGGCCGUGUCUGUACGAAUCUGGGCUGAUUCCAAAGAAGCUCGGCUUCAUGGAGGACGCCGAGGUGUUGAACUACGGGAUUGGCAUGUCCAACAUUGUCCCUCGCACCACACGCAGCGCCAGUGAACUGAGCAGGAAAGAGAUAAAGGAGUGGUCAAAAGUCAUGAUAGAGAGAAUGCAGGAACUCAAGCCUCUCGUUAUCUGUUUCAACGGAAAAGGUAUCUACGAGAUAUACACGGGUGGAAAGUGUACGGUUGGUAUUCAAGAAGAACCACUCCCUGGCACCGAUAUAGUGGUGUAUGUCAUGCCUUCUACUUCUGGCCGAGCAGCCACAUACCCGAAACGAAGCGACAAGCUGAAGUUUUUCAGCGAGUUGAAAGACCUGCGAGAUCGCCUGCACAGGGAGAGAGAGGAGGGAGGAAGAGGAGAACCCUCCUCCAAUCCUGCCGUGAGCUCAAACCAGGGGGUAGCUGAAGACGGCGGCAAACUCCAGAGCUCAACAGUUUCCAGCGAAACGUCGAAUUUGACCGGGUGUGCUGAUAGCUCUACCAGUGUCACAGGAUGUGGCAGCAAAAACUAAGCAGCUGCCACAUGGACACUGUCACUUCAGAAUCUCCUCUCUGCAACACCAACAUAUUGAAGGGAAUGUGUCAAUACAUACAGUACAUAAUAGAAGGUCCCAAAUUUAGGUUACUAAAGAUAGAACUAAACAAUAGGGCCCAGUGCAAGAAUGCAAUUAGGUUUCUGUUUUUAGUAACAUUUUCUAACUGUAGCGCUUAUAUAUACUGCCACGUUUGCAAUGCAAUACUCAGACGGACACAAGGUAGCUACGGAAGAGAGCACCUGAGCUAGCAUGAUCCUGGUCUUGAGGACGUCGAGAGGAGUGGUGAGAGCUGCAGCCAAUCCCCCGGAGAUGGCUCCACACACUGCUCCCUGCCAGGGAUCUACUGCCCUGCCCUGAGACACACUCCACACUCUCUGUGAAGAAUAGAAGAUUGCACCCUUUAUUGCAUUGAGAAUGAAACUGCAGAAUAUCGACAGAGAUGAUUGAGCACGACCUACUUCGCAGCAGUUUCACGGCUCUCGCCAGACAGAUGGACCUCAUGUUUCGCAAGAGGCUGUGGUUCAUCAUGAUAGAGCAGUUCCUCAUGAAGUACAUGUGGGGCCUUGCAGGUAUGGUGAUUGUGGCCUGGCCCAUCCUCAGUGGGCGGGACAGAGAAGUGGAGGAGCGGACCAUCGGCGAGAAGACAGAGGCCUACACGACCUCCAAGAACCUGCUCAUUCAGGGAGCAGACGCUGCGGAACGCAUCAUGACCUCGUAUAAGGAGAUCACGGAGCUGGCUGGCUACACUGCACGUGUCAGUGAAAUGGUGAGUGUGUUUGAGGACGUGAGCGCCGGUCACUGUGAGGUGGUCGCUGUGGAAGGCACAGUGGCUCUGCCGGGGUCUUCGCCGGAGGGCGAGGGUGGAGCUGAUCACCACGCGACUGAGGAGGACAGGAAGUUCACUGGAGCCACUAUGGGAGAGGUAAUUGAAAGUGAAGACACGAUAAUUCUCGAAAACGUCCCCAUCGUCACUCCAAACCGAGAUAUAGUUGCCUCUGGACUCACUUUGAGGGUAACUCCAGGCACGCACCUGCUCAUUACCGGACCCAAUGGAUGUGGGAAGAGCUCUCUAUUUAGAAUAUUGAGCGGACUGUGGCCGGUCUAUGGAGGAAGACUCACAAAGCCUCCUCCAUCUACACUCUUCUACAUACCUCAGAGACCCUACAUGUCUCUAGGGACGCUGCGGGACCAGGUCAUAUACCCCGACAGUCAAGAGGACAUGGAGUCAAGAGGCAUCUCUGACACCCACUUGGAAGCCGCCCUGGACACCGUGCACCUCAAGUACAUCGUCAAAAGGGAGGGAGGAUGGGAUGCAGUCAGUGACUGGAAGGAUGUUCUGUCAGGAGGAGAGAAGCAGAGAAUGGGAAUGGCGCGAAUCUUCUACCACAGGCCCAAGUUUGCACUGCUGGACGAGUGUACCAGUGCAGUCAGUAUAGACGUGGAGGGAGGCAUCUUCCAGGCUGCAAAGGACGCUGGCAUCACGCUACUCACCAUCUCUCAUAGACCCUCUCUCUGGAGAUUCCACACUCACCUGCUUCAGUUCAACGGGGAGGGGGACUGGAGGAUGGAGGAGCUGGACACGGCCACGAGGCUAGGGCUGAGAGAGGAGAAGGAGAGACUCGAGGCCCAGCUGGCGGGGAUCCCCGAGAUGCAGCAGCGUCUCAAACACCUCUGCUCUGUACUAGGAGAAAGCUCAAUACAAGUCACAUCAUAGGUGGACGUGAUAUAUACUGUAAUCAUUAUAUACAUAGGUGUAUAUAUAAUAUAUUACGCACAGGUAUCAUAGCUAUUUAUUCGUUUCUUGUGAGCGAAUGC